CAAACUCCCAAGUCAGCGAACCAAAGGCGCCUGCGCAUUUUAGCGCGAGUUUUGUACCUGCAAUUUCCCUGCGCAGUACGCACCCCUGAAGGGCCUUUAUCCAUUUAUUCAUGAUUAACUCUCCAUUCCAUGGCCUCGUCGUCGCAAUCGCAUAGAAAGAGACUGAACAAGCGAUCCAGCUCCAAUUCCUACUCUUCCAUGGCUUCCAGGCCUACUCCUCCAAAUUACCGAAAAAUCUCUCUCACUUUCUCCGUCUUCCUCAUUUUCUGCGUCGUUCUUACCCUCGGCAUUUCCUCCAACAUGUGGAACAAGCUCAAUUCCUCCUCUGUGUCGCCCACAAUUUACUCGAUCGAGGUCGUCAAUGAAUUUCCUCACGAUCCCCAAGCAUUCACCCAGGGGCUUGUUUAUGCUGAAAAUGAUACCCUUUUUGAGUCAACUGGCCUCAAAGGGCGGUCAACGGUGCGAAACGUAGCUCUUCAAAAUGGGAAGGUUGAGGUUAUUCAAAGGAUGGAUGACUCCUAUUUUGGCGAGGGUUUAACUCUAAUUGAUAGAAGGCUGUUCCAAGUAACUUGGUUGACGAAAACUGGUUUCAUAUAUGACCGAUAUAAUUUAAGCAAAUUCAAGAAAUUUACUCACAAGAUGAAAGAUGGUUGGGGACUGGCAACUGAUGGAAAAGUGAUGUUUGGAAGUGAUGGGACGUCAAUAUUGUACAAGAUUGACCCUCAAACACUGAAAGUUACUGAUAAACAAAUAGUCAAAUUCAAUGGUUAUGAAGUGCACAACCUUAAUGAGCUGGAGUUUAUAAAAGGUGAAGUUUGGGCAAAUGUUUGGAUGACGGACUGCAUUGCUAGAAUCUCACAUGAAGAUGGCAGCGUGCUUGGGUGGAUUCUCCUUCCAACUUUGAGGGAGGGACUUUUACGGAAAGGCUAUACUGGUAUUGAUGUUCUUAAUGGAAUUGCAUGGGAUAGCGUCAAAGACCGGAUUUUCGUGACAGGAAAGUUAUGGCCGACGCUUUAUGAGAUCAAGCUGCAUCCAGUCAAGAAAAAGUAUAAGCCUCGUGUCAUAGAGCAGUUGUGCUUGCGGGCUUCACACGAUUUUGGGAGGGCGUAGACUGAUAUUUAUCCGAAGAUCUUGAUAAAUUCCCACUCCCACAUUAUGAGGCUUAGCACGAGUAGGCCAAACGUAUACCGGGGUUACCUUUACGACGAGUUGUAUCUGUUGUAAAAAAAAAAAAAAAAAAAAAAAAAAAAAAACCA